CACACCUGAAAGCUCAGCAGAGCAACAAAGCUUAGAACAAACCGGCAACAUGGCAUCUCGAGUAGCAGCCCUUCUCCUGCUAGCAGUCAUCUGCAUUGGCUUUGCAGAGUCCGAGAUCCUUGUGGACUGCUGUAUGUCUGUCACCGACAAGCCGGUCCGCCGCAGUCAUAUCACUUCAUUCCACAUCCAAGAAGGCAUGGGUUGCUCCAUCAACGCCACUGUGCUGGUUACUAAAAUUGGAAGAAGCCUGUGUGUCCCCCACCCCAACAAGAGCGAAUGGGUGAAGAAGCUCAUCAGGAACAGAAAGCAGGCAGUGACCCGGAAAACAGAAGUGGAGUCGACUCUGGCGAGGAUGAAGUUCAGCGGAUCAUAUAAUCAGUCUCAAAAUGCCAAAAACAGAAGUUGCCACUGAAUAAUUUCAACAUUUUAGUCAAUAACAAUAACCACAUUGAACGAACUUCAGAAAGUCCAGUCCUGUGCUGCAGAAUGUCUUUGGCGCUGGAGAGCCUCAUUUCAACCCAUCAGUUUCUGUAGCACUGAGUUCAGGAAUGUGGGAGUGCUUUUGUUUUUGUUAAUUUGUUUUUACUGUAUGCAGGUUUGUUUGGUGUGCAGAGCAAGGCACUGGGGUGCUGAUGGGGUUUGAAUCUGCAGGGCAUCGCUUGUGCUAAAACAAGCUCAUUCAUGGUACUGUAAGGCACUUUGAAUCAAAGCGCCCAUCAAAUGAUGAUUGUUGAGAUAUGACUUUUGCUUUUCAUGUAUACGUUCCUCUUUUUUCAAUGUGUUUGUGGUGCUGUAUUCUACAA